AUGAGCACAUUUUUUCCUGUCAUCUCCACUCUCAACCCCGCCGCACCGUCGAUUGCUGCCCCAAAGGCCACCUCAGCCUCGGUCCUGGCCACGUCGGCUGCCAAGUGGGAUGCACGCCUCUCGCAUGAUCCCAUUCACGACACCGCUUAUUACGGCAAGUGUAUGAUUGGCGGUAUUCUGUCGUGUGGCCUCACCCACACAGGCAUCACCCCACUGGACGUAGUCAAGUGCAACAUGCAGGUUAAUCCGGCCAAGUACAACGGCCUGUUGCCUGGCCUCAAGACCAUUGCCUCGGAGGAGGGUGCUGGCGCUCUAUUCAAAGGCUGGGCCCCUACUGCCAUUGGAUACUCGGCUCAGGGUAUGUGUAAGUUUGGCUUUUACGAGUUCUUUAAGGACACGUACAGCACGAUGGCUGGCGAGGAGAAUGCGUACAAGUACCGUGGAGCCAUUUAUCUGGCAGGAUCUGCUUCGGCUGAGUUCUUUGCAGACAUGGCCCUCUGCCCCAUGGAGAUGGUCAAGGUGAAGGUGCAGACCUCGCCCGCCGGCACGUUUCCCGUCGAAUUUGGUGCCGCUGUGGCUGCAAUGAAGGCCAACUCAGCUGAAACUCGCUUCCCCUUCGGCUCUCUCGUGCCCCUGUGGUCGCGUCAGAUCCCUUACACGAUGGCCAAGUUCUUCUUCUUUGAGAAAGUGGUGGAGGCUUUUUACACAUACGUGUUCACUGAGCCCAAGAGCUCGUACCCUAAGAGCACGCAGCUUGGCGUCACUUUCGCCUCGGGUUAUCUUGCUGGUGUUAUUUGCGCCAUCGUGUCGCACCCCGCCGACUCGGUGGUGUCGCUUAUGGGUAAGGCCGAGAAUAAGGGUAAAGGCUUCGGCCAGAUCGCCAGCGAAACUGGUCUGGUCAACCUGGCAACUAAAGGUCUGGGCACUCGUAUCCUUAUGAUCGGUACGCUGACAGGUGCUCAGUGGUGGAUUUACGACACUUUUAAGACGGUCAUGGGUAUGGGCACGAGCGGUGGUGCUGCUCCUAAGAAGAACUAA